AUCUAUUGGGAUAGUCCUUUAGAGGCUGUCGAGCCUGAGUUCAUCUCCGCUUCUGCCGCUUCAACAGUGAAGAUGCUUUCUCCCACUCUGACCGUGCUUCUAUCUAUAGUCAGCCUGACAGAGAGUAAACAUAAAGACUUUUAUACUUUCAAAGUUGUGAAUAGUAGAGGGAAGUUAGUGUCUCUUGAAAAAUACAGGGGCUCGGUGUCCCUGGCUGUGAAUGUGGCCAGUGAAUGUGGCUUCACUGAGGAACACUACAAAGCCCUUCAGAAACUGCAACGGGACUUUGGACCAUAUCACUUCAAUGUCCUGGCAUUCCCCUGCAACCAAUUUGGACAACAGGAACCUGGCAGUGACAAGGAGAUUGACAGCUUCGUUCGUAGAGUCUACAGAGCCUCUUUCCCCUUGUUUAGUAAAAUUGCUGUUGUAGGAACAGGAGCUAACAAUGUCUAUAAAUACCUUAUUGAGUCCUCUGGUAAGGAGCCUGACUGGAAUUUCUGGAAGUACCUUAUCGAUGUAAAUGGAAAAGUGGUGGAUGCAUGGGGGCCAAAGGUUUCUAUUGAAGAAAUACGUCCAAAAGUAGCAGAAAUGGUGCGGCAGAUAAUCUUAAAGAAGAAAGAAGAGUUGUGAUAUUCUAUGUCUGCAGGUUAUUGUAAUCAGCAAAUCUUAAAUCAAGGCAUCUGGACCUUUCUCAAUGAAGACAGUUCACCUUUAAUUCAAGGCUUCUUCAGGUCUCAAUAUCUAUGUGUGGAUUUACCCUAUUUGUCCCUCGGUAGUUGUGUCCUCUGGGUAUGUUAAACAAUAGGAUGUUGUGGUUGCCCAGAUUUAUCAGUGAAACCCCCAUACUCAUCUUAUGGUAAAACAGCUCAGAAGGCUCUCUUCCUGUCGAAUGAGCUGAUUCUUGGAGGUGGGGACGUCAGGACAUUGUUGUCGAAUAAGAAUAGUCUUUAUUUCUAAGUAUGUAAAAAAACUACGAAUUUGUCUCCGGUAGUUGGAGCUGCUCUAGUAAGAAAAUAGACAUCCAUUUUGACAGUAAAUACUCUUAGAACAUAAAAACACACUACAGAGUGUCUUUUAGCCUCUCACAAUUUAAUGGUGAAAGGGAAGAAGCUGUUGGAACAACCGCUAGUUUUAGUUCACGUUGUUUGAAAACAUCUGCCUGAUUGGAUUAGCUUGAAGAGGUAGUGACCGGGAUGUGAAGGUUCCAAGAGGAUUUAGCAUGCUCUUGUCUUUGUUCUGAUAGUGUGCAAAUACUCAAGGGAGGAUAGGUGCGUAGUGAUGAUUUUUACGGUAGUCUUAAUUUUCCGUUGCAGUCAGACUGCGGCUCUUUUUGUGGCAGCACCAAAACCAGAUUGUUAUGGAUGAACACAGGACUAAUUAGAUGACUGCUGUGUAGAACUACCUUAACAGCUCUUGUGCCAGGGUGUACAUCAGAGGGCAUCCUCUGCUUGGUCUUUUUGAGGUUGGAGUUGAUGUUGCUCUCCCACUUAAGGUCCAGAAGGGGUCGUGUCUUCCCCCAAAGAGUGCCAAAUUCAAUUGGAAAAGUGGGCUGAACAAGCUGUUUUGCCAGACCACUGAACAAAUGAUUCACAUACGCCACUGCUUUCACUCACCGAGCCAUGCAACAACAAGAAUCAGAAUCAGGUUUAUUGGCCAAGUGUAUAAAAACAAGGAAUUUUUGUCCGGCACUCGGUGCUGCCCUGGUACGACAUUCAGAACAAAGAACAAGAAAGCAACAAGAACAAAGAGCAAGACAUUUCAGUUUAUAGGAACUAUUCCUUAAAAUAGUUGUGGAAGAUGUAAAAUCUUCAUUUAGAACAGGUAAGAGAUAAGUGUGUCAAUGUCCCACAUUGUGUUAAGCCUGUAGAGUGCCUUUACCUGUUCACCGCUCCCAUUCUAGACCAGUGCAAUGACAUUUGUGCAAAGGGAGCAGUUUGAAGUGAUGAAUCGUGCGAUAAUCUACAAAAUAUAUUACUAAUACUAAUUGGACCAGCAGGAUGUGAGUGAGUGUACUAACAUGGUACAAGCCAGAAAAGUAGUAGGUUCGCUGAUCAAGAAUUUAAUGACUUAUUUGCCAGAGGGAAAAAAAGUGUUUGAAUGCCUGGUACUUUUGACUUUCAUUGAUCUGUAGUGUUUUCCCGACAGAAGAAGCUGGAAGAGCUGGUGGCCAGGAUGUGGAGGAUCCAAAAGGAUCCUGCCUGCUCUGGACGGUUCACAUUGCGUGCAAGUCCUCAAUAGUGGGUAGCGUGGUGCCGACAAUCCGUUCAGCGGUUUUGAUUGUCUGUUGCAGUCUUGAGUUUGUCCUUUUUUUGGGGUGUCCCCAAACCGGACUGUGAUGUAGGUACACAGAACUGAUUGGAUGACCGCUGUGUAGAACUGUCUCAGCAGCUCUUGUAACAGGCCGUGCUUCCUAAGAAGCCACAAGUACAUCCUUUGCUGGGCUUUUUUGAGGAUGGAGUUAAUGUCUGCCCCCCUUCAGGUCCUCUGAGACUGUAAUUCUCAAGAACUUGAAGGUCUCGACGGUUGACACAAGACAGUUGGACAGCGUCAGGGGCAGCUGUGGUGAAGGAUGCCUCCUGAAGUCCGCAGUCAUCUCCACAGUCUUUCGAGUGUUCAAUGCCAGGUUGUGUUGACCACACCAAAGCUCUUGUCUCGCCACUACCUGUCGAUAUGCGGACUCGUCGCCGUCAUUGAUGAGGCAGAUGACCGUGAUGUCAUCUGCGAACUACAGUUAUAGUUGACCAUCCCCAGAGAAGAGACACACUGAGGUAUAGAUAGACAAAUGCCGCACCCCAAAUUUUUGAAUUAAAGCUUUUUGGGUGAAAAGCAAAUUGUCUUUAAGAAAGAAAAAGUCCAGUUUCCUAGAUUGAACCAUUGCAGAUUGUAAUAUGCUACUUCACUUUCUGAUUAUGCACUCUACCUAUUUUGCACGAGUAGAUUCAAACGAGUUUCCUUAGGAAACAAAUAAUAGAGCAUCAAAUAAAUUCAGCAAGAAAUCAUUUUACAUGCACUAACACCCCAAAAUAUGUUUCCCCAUUGACUGGAUGUAAUGUUUUUUUGUUUUUUGGUCUUUUUUUUAUAAUAAACCUGAUUUCAUGUUAA